AUGGCGGAAGAUUUGGACUUUGGGGUGGACGCGUGGCAGGACACGUGCAGGGCAAUUUUAUCACGUGAAAAAGUCGGAUUGGAUGACAUGACUGAAUUGGAAAAAGUUAAUGAUCGUUCAAUCGCCGAUAAUUUACACAUACGGUUGAUGAAUCAACAAAUUUACACGUGUAUCGGUCGAGUUCUGAUUGCCGUUAAUCCGUUCAUGAAACUUGACAUUUACAAUAAAGAUUAUGUGCUAGCUUAUCAUAAUUUCCUUGGGGGAAAACGAGCAAAGAAAAAUGACAAAAAUAAGUUAAAAAGCAGCGAUGUUUUAAAGUGUUCUACAGCUCAAUUUCCUAAUAUGAUGAAUCAGUCGAAUGGAGACGACAAUCAAGAUUCAGGUGUGGAUCUUCCCCCUCAUAUAUACUCGUUGACAGAUCAUAUGUACAGGAAUAUGAUGAUGGAGAGGGAAAGUCAAUGUGUUAUCAUAAGCGGAGAAAGUGGAGCAGGCAAAACCGUGUCUGCGAAGUACAUCAUGUCAUACUUAUCUGAGAUUGCCGGUGCUGGUAAUGAGAAAAUAGAGGAGAUAAAGCAUGUAAUAAUUCAGUCGAAUCCACUGCUGGAGGCUUUUGGAAAUGCAAAAACGUUACGAAAUAACAAUUCAAGUCGUUUUGGAAAGUUUGUCGAGAUUUUAUUCAACAUGUCGGGGCAGCCUGACGGUGGGAAAAUAUCGAGUUUCUUACUUGAGAAGUCACGUGUUGUUUCCCAGAAUCCUGGCGAACGUAAUUAUCACGUGUUCUAUCAGCUGCUAAAAGGAUGCGAGGAUGAUAAAAAAGAAAUACUUGGACUGCAAAUUCCCGACCCUUCGCAGUUUUAUUACUUGAAUCGAACCGGGGGAGUUUAUACUGUGCCUGAUACAAAUGACACCGAAGACUUUGUUGCCACGAAAAAUGCCAUGAACGUUGUAGGAAUGUCGGUAGAGAAGCAACAAAAUGUCCUCGAAAUUAUUUCAGCUAUUCUUCACCUUGGUAACAUCCGAUUUGUGGAAGAUAAUAAUGUUUCUGAUGUAGAAAAUCCUGAAGGCUUAGAUACACCAGCCCAACUACUUGGCGUCGAUAAAGAUGCUUUGAAAGAGAAACUAGUGAGUCGUUUGAUGGAGGCACGAUGGGGAGGAAAGGUCGACAUUAUGAUGAUGACUCUCAAUAAGGAACAAGCGAAUGUCUCAAGGGAUGCUUUGGCAAAAGCUUUGUAUGCUCAACUUUUUGACUAUCUCGUGACGGUUAUUAACACGGCGAUGCGAAAAGAAAAGAUUGGAUUGUGUAUCGGAGUCUUGGAUAUUUAUGGAUUUGAAAUAUUUGAGACAAAUGGUUUUGAGCAGUUUUGUAUUAACUACGUCAACGAGAAACUUCAACAAAUUUUCGUGGAAUUGACGUUGAAGACUGAACAGGAAGAAUAUGCAGAAGAAGGCAUUGAAUGGAUUCCGGUGAAAUUUUUCAAUAACAAACUCGUCUGCGAUCUUAUCGAAAGCAAGAAUCCUCCUGGAAUAAUGAGCAUUCUUGACGACGUUUGUUUUACAGUACAUGCAUCGGAGGGUUCGGACAGGACGCUGAUGGAGAAACUCAAAGCUGUUGUUGGAUCCGAAAAUACAUAUACCAAAUACUUUAGAGGUCUUGCUACUCAUUUCGAGAUACACCAUUAUGCCGGAAAGGUUAAUUACGAAGCAACGCAUUUUUGUGAGAGAAAUAAGGAUUUGUUGUUUGACGACAUCAUACAACUCAUGCAGUCAAGCGAAAAUGAGUUCAUUAAGAUUUUGUUUGGUGACAUGACUGUGUCCUCUGGAAAACGCGGGCGCGGUUCUACGGGCAGCAGUAAGAUUAAGUCUCAGUGUCAAGCGAUGAUUGAUCGCAUUAUGUCAUGUACGCCACACUACGUUCGCUGUCUUAAGCCAUGUGAGACAAAACAACCUUUAGAUUGGAAUGAUCAAAGAAUUAUGCCUCAAAUUUCUUAUCUCGGUCUUCGUGAGAACAUCGAAGUGCGCCGUGCUGGCUUCGCAUUUCGUCGUGUGUUCGACAAACUUAUCGAAAGAUAUGCUGUAAUUUUGCCCAAAGAGGUCGCACAGGCAGGGAUAGGGACAAAGCUGGCAUUUGUCGAACUAUUAUGGAGAAAGCUCAAUUUUCGAUUGAGAAAUGGCGAAUUGGAAAAACAAAAGUUUUCAUAAAAGAUUCUGAUGUGUUGACGAAACUAGAGGAGUGGCGGAGCGAGGCUUUGUUUAUGUUUGCAGCAAAAAUACAAGCUUUAAUUCGUGGAUUUCUUG